AUGGAGACCUUUUUACUUAUAACCAAACCCCAUGAUGAACGAGCAUUGGCAGAAAUGCAACGACUAAGAAAUGUGAUGUGGGUGACGGUAGAGAGCGGCGCGGUGCGCGCGGCCCCGUGCGCCAGGGGCAAGCACUCCGCCACGCUGCACGGCGGCUACGUGUACGUGCUGGGCGGGCGCGGCGCGGGCGGCUCUGUGCCGCUGCGGGACUUCUGGAGGUAUUGCCUUGCAACAAGUAGAUGGGAGCGACUGGAGGCGCGCGGGGAGCCCCCGCCGGCGCUGCAGGAGCACAGCGCCACCCCGCACGGCGGCAAGCUCUACGUGUUCGGUGGCGAGCCCGGCACGCUCAGCAAUGAGACGCCUCUCUGGAUAUAUGACACUGAGGUGCACACGUGGCGCAAGCUGCCGGGCCAGUCGGGCGGGCAGUGGACCUCGCUGCGGCGGCGCGGCGCGCGCGACCCCCGAGCGGCGGCGGCGGCGGCGGCGGCGGGCCCGCGCGGCCGCCGCGGACACUCCGCGCAUGCGCUCAAGGACUGCCUGCUCAUAUACGGCGGGUACAAGGAUCUGAGGGGCUCUACCAAUGAGCUGUGGGCGUUCCAUUAUGAGUCGGAGACGUGGCAGCAGGUGCGCACGGCGAGCGCGGGCCCGGCGCGCCACCGCCACGCCGCCGCGCUGCACGACGGCCGCCUCUACGUGCACGGCGGCCAGUGCGACCUGCGCGACUGCGCCGACCUCUGGCACUACGACACCAUGUCGCGCGUGUGGACGGCGGUGCGCGUGCCGGCGCGCCUGGCGCCGGCGGCGCGCAGCGGGCACGCGGGACUGCGCGCCGGCGCGCACCUCUACAUCUUCGGCGGCGAGGCAGCCGGGCACGCCACCAACGAGCUCUGGCGGUUCCACUUCGCCACUGAAACCUGGGAACGAAUCAUGCAAAGCGUAAAGUGGCCGUCAGCUCGCGUGGACAGCCGCGCGCUGCUGGUGGGUGGGGGCGGGGGCGGCGGGGGCGGGCGGGGCCGCAGCGCGCCGGCGCCCGCGCCGCCACGCGCCGACGCGCCCGCCGGCUUCCUGCGGGAGAUAUCCAAGCUGUCCAGCUUCCACCUGCGCCGCGCCGCGCGCUGCUCCUACAGCGUGCUGGCCGGCGACCAGGACUCCACCGAGAGCCUCGUGCGCGCCGACCACUCCUCGCUGAGCAAGUCGCGCUCCGCGUACGUCAUCGACGAGCGGCAGCCCGCCGACGGCGGCGAGAGCCCGCGCGAGGGCGACGUGGCCGAGCGCUCCCGCUCCGACAUGUCGCGGGAGCCCAUCUCCGUCCCCGACUUCGCGGACAUGGUCUUGCCCACACCUGUCCUGUCACCGAUUGAAGCAACUAAACUCGUUUAUCUCGACUCCGAAGAAGAGGAGGACAUGAAACGCGAGAUUGCGUCUCUCAAACGUGAAAAGAACGGAACGCUGACGAAAAAAAGUAUACCGAAGUCGGCUUCGGUGAAAUUCACAAAAGAACCCGUAACGGAAACCACUAUAACGACUGAGGACGAGGGGGAGAUGUCCACCUCGGACUAUGCGAGCGCGGAGAAAGUGAACCGCCUGUCCGGCGCGUCCUCCUCGGGCUUCAGCAACCCGCACUACUUGGGCCCGGACGUGCGCGCGCUGGGCGCGGCGCUGACGCCGGACUCCGGGGUGGGGCCCGGAGAUAUAGAGAUGCAGGAUCUCUCCGAGAAAAGGUCCCGAAGUGUUCCGAGGAAUGGGGAAAAACAGCUGUAUUUAUUACUAGUAGGAGGGAAAGAGCCGCCUCACCUCGCAUUGCUCCAGAGCCCGCUCUCGAUGUGGAGCUAUAGAUUGCUG